AUGAAGGCGGCUCAGGACAGUUACCGCCUUGUAAACGACAGAUCCGUGGAUAACAUAACAUUACACUUGCUCUACCAACCCCAUUCCAUCAGCAUUCUACUUGCUUUAGCUGUUUAUUCGAUCUACAAUGCUUUUCUGUUGUAAGUUUUUAUUGUUUUUGGCAUGAACAACAUCGAAAACUAUAUUUACUAUAUUGUUUUAGACAAUUUCAUGGCUUUUUAACUAAACUUUUGGGUUUUUAUAACUUUAAAACUAUUUUUGAUAAUUUAAUGUCUAAAUAUAUUAAAAAUAAUGUUACAGACAAGAUUCCCAAUCAGAUCAGAACAUAUUUUCUGGAGUAAAAGCAACAAUAAUAUUGUUCUUGUUUAUCAGUGCUUUCAUCUCACCUAAUGGUCCCUUUAUCAGACCUCAUCCUGUAGUAUGGAGGAUCGUGUUUGGAGUGAGUGUACUAUAUGCGUUGUUGUUGCAAUUGACUUUGUUUCAAAGCUUUGACGAUGUAAAGAAAGUUUUGACAUGGCUAGAUCCAGAUGGUUUGAGUAAACGGAAAAUUGAGGAAACGGUAGGUUACUGUAGUUCUUAUAGAGUCUUUUAGCAUAUUUGUUGAAUUUUUUUUUUAUUCUGAUCAAAAAAAUGUUUAAAUUGAUAAUAUUUUACUGUAAUCACAUAGAAAUUACAGUAUCUCUUACAAACCCUUCAAAUUACAGUAACUUUAGUCGUACGCCGAAGCCUGUUGGGACAUUACUCUUGAUCGCAUUUUGGCAUCUGUGGACUUCUUUGUUGUCGCUCACUUUGUUGGAUGGGUAAUGAAGGCUCUACUCAUCAGACAUACCAUAAUAUGUUGGUAUAUCAGCAUUUUGUGGGAACUUACCGAGCUCUUCUUUGGCCAUGUUCUGCCAAACUUUAGAGAAUGUUGGUGGGAUGCUAUAUUGCUCGACAUUCUACUCUGUAAUGGACUGGGUAUCUACUGUGGCAUUAAAUUAUGCAAAUUUUUGGAAUUCCACGAAUUUCAUUGGGAAAGCAUCAAGUAAGGAACUCAAUAUAUUAAGGGUUUUUAAUGGUGCAGUAGAGGUUAGUAUAAGGUGUAAUAGACAAUAAACUUCAUUUCUAGAGAGAUCCAGACAGCUGGAGGCAAAAUGCGACGUGUAGUACUUCAGUUUACUCCAGAAAGCUGGAUCCGAGUCGAUUGGUUCAACAACAGAAGUCUGCGACGAUGUGGAGCGAUAUUCUUGUUUAUUAUGUUCUGGUUGUUGGCUGAGCUGAACACCUUCUUCUUGAAGAGCAUAGUUGUCAUCGAUGUACAACAUCCAUUAGUUACUGCACGGUUGGUAUUGAUCUGUUUUAUCUCUGCACCUACCAUAAGGUAAGAAAAAGGUUACUGUAAUUACGUUUUACUGUAUUUAUCUUUGCAUUUUGAAAAUUAAGUUGUGAUAAGUUUUUAAAACUUUUUCUAUUAUAUAGUUUAAUCUGACCUUGUUAUAGGCAAUGGUACUUGUUUGUGACAGACCCACGAACAACUAGAAUUGGAAUGCAGACAUGGACGUUUGCUUUGGUCUGCAUUCUGGAGUUGGCAAUUUGCAUAAAGUUUGGCAGAAAAACUUUUGAAUCUCUACAAAUGCAGGCUCUUUUACUAUGGAUUGUUGUCGUGGUAUGUUGUUUAGUCAGUAGACAACAGAUCUGAAAAGGGCCCACUAGACCCGGGGUUCUUUACAGGUUUAGUAGGGAAGGAUUGUGUUUAUGAGUUGUUAAUAAUAUCACCUGAAAAGGUUAAAAGUUCAUGACCUCUUUAUUAUGGUUAAUAAGCAAAAGUAUGUUUUAGGUAAUUGGAACAAUAAUUUGUGUGUGGAUCUCUGUCAAAUGGACAUCGAAUUCAGCUUCAGAUGUAAGUUGAAUCAUAUUGAAAUCUACGAAGCUUUGAACUAGUUUUUAAUAACCAUUUGUUAUACAAUUAAAUUCUGUUCCAGAAGACGCAACUAAUCAAGGUUGGUGAAGAAACUCGACGGUUAUACAAGUGUUCUAGUACUGACAACUUGGUCGCAGUCGAAAGUCAAAAAGCUUCGACCGAAAAUUAA